AUGGGAACGGAACUACACAGCGAGCCAGACUACCAACAUGUCGGUACGAAUUGGGGCUAUGCGCGGCCUCUUGAGGUGCAGCCGGCAGAGUCGAAUUUCCCCCCGCCCACGUACAAGUACUACAACGAAUACAACCCGGUUGUGUCAACUCACCAAAACUUUGACUCUCUCGGCUUCCCGCCAAACCAUCCAGGGCGAGCCUUGUCUGAUACCUACUACAUCAACGAUGAGACUCUCCUCCGAACACACACGAGUGCGCACCAGGCCGACACUUUCCGAGCGGAUGAGAGCGACGGCUACUUGAUUUCUGCGGAUGUAUAUCGACGAGAUGCCAUCGAUCGAAGCCAUUACCCCGUCUUUCACCAGAUGGAAGGAGCCAGAUCCUGGGACCGAAACAAGGUUCACAAUGGAGAUGUAGCUGCCGCUGUGCGGGCCGACCUGGAAACGCUACCCAAGCACAAUGUCCAAGUCGAGGACCCCAACCCUCCCUACCAUGAUGAACGCAAUCCUCUGCAAGAUUGCCACUCUGCCGCUGAAGCCCAAGCAAUCGGGGAGCAUCUGAAGAGGUCGCUGGAGAACAUGGUGGUUGAUGUCUUCUCUAGGGCCAAGGCCGCAGCUCUGCGGGAGGAUCCUACCUUUGUUGACGAGCCGCUACGUAUGCGCUGGGUGGAGGCAUAUUUCCCAUUCACGAGUCCCUCAUGGGAACUGGAAGUUUAUUAUGCGGGAGACUGGCUGGAGGUUUUGGGAUGUGGCGUGGUUAGACAAAGUCUCUACAACAAUGCGGGUGUGCCAUCGCAACUGGGAUGGGCCUUUGGCAUAGGCAUCGAUCGCAUCGCUAUGCUGCUGUUCAAGAUUCCCGAUAUUCGCCUGUUCUGGUCACAGGAUCAACGAUUUCUCUCUCAGUUCACCGGCGUGUCCGAUAACCUCGAUAAGCUCAAGAGGUUUGCGCCAUUCUCCAAGUACCCUCCUUGUCCCAAGGAUGUAUCUUUCUGGCUGGCGUCGACAUCACCCGCUGGAGGAAACACAAAGGGCAACUUCCACGAGAAUGACGUCAUGGAAAUUGUGCGCAAUGUCGCUGGUGAUGUUGUUGAGGAUGUCAGACUUAUUGAUGAGUUUGUGCACCCCAAGACUGGUCGCAAGAGCAUGGCUUAUCGCAUUGUGUACCGCAGCCUGGAGCGUACCCUGACAAACGAAGAAGCCAACAGCUUUCACAAAGGUGUGCGAGAGGCUUUAGUUAGGGAACUGGGUGUUGAGCUUCGCUGA